AUGGCCCUGGUUCACCUAGACAGAGCAUGCUCAGUCCUCGAGGACUGUCCAGAGUUCUGGCUGAUGCUGCGUAAAGCAGAAAUCGCUUUGACGAAGCUAGCGAAGAAAGCCUCCAAGAUCGUGGAGCUUCAGUUCAUUGCAUACGGUUUACGUGGGAGUUCCCGGACAGGGCGGACAGAAGAGUUGGAAUCGCUUCAGGUCGUCUGUUUCCAAGAUGCCUGGGAAAUUCUCAUCAUAUUCGUAGCCAAAGGUAGAAGAAUGAUUUCUAAAACACAUGUAUAA